AUGGAGGACAGUGACCAUGAGCCUUCCUCUUCAUCAGAUGAGCAAGACUCCUGCCCAGCAUCCCCUAAUCACAGCAGGGACCAUGAUGCUGAACAGCAUUCAAGCCACUCAGAUGACUCAGAAGUGGAGAAUAUUAUGCAUGACCCUCAACACCAAGAGGGCCACCACCACCACCACCACCACCAGCAGCAUGACCAAAUGCACCACCACCAUCAUGACCACGAGGCUCAUGAUGCAGAUAGGGAGGCAGAGGGCGAAGACCGCCCUCACACCCCGUCCUAUCUGCGACCCCCUGUGGCGGGUAGGGCCCAGUCAGAUUCAGGUUCAGACCCCAGUUUGCCGCAGAGCAGGAGUGUGGAGUUUGACUUGUCGUCCCCCGUCAGUCCCUCCAGGCCAAAGAGCCCCUGGGGUCUGUUUGACCCGUAUGACAACAAUGAGGAUCAGGACAAGGAAUAUGUGGGUUUUGCAACACUGCCAAACCAGGUGCACCGCAAGUCCGUAAAGAAAGGAUUUGACUUCACGCUCAUGGUGGCAGGUGAGUCUGGUCUGGGAAAGUCCACCCUGGUCAACAGUCUGUUUCUCACAGAUCUGUACAAAGAUAGGAAGCUGCUCAAUGCUGAGGAGCGAAUCACACAAACAGUAGAAAUCACCAAACACACAGUGGAUAUAGAAGAGAAAGGAGUUAAACUGAAACUCACUAUCGUGGACACCCCUGGGUUUGGGGAUGCUGUAAACAACACUGAAUGCUGGAAGUCAGUGGCUGACUACAUCGACCAGCAGUUUGAGCAGUACUUCAGGGACGAGAGUGGCCUCAACCGCAAGAACAUCCAGGACAACCGCGUACACUGCUGCCUCUAUUUCAUCUCACCCUUUGGUCAUGGCCUUCGGCCUCUGGAUGUGGAAUUUAUGAAGGCUCUGCACGAGAAAGUCAACAUUGUCCCUGUUUUGGCCAAAGCCGACACACUCACCCCAAGUGAGGUCAAGAAAAAGAAAAUUAAGAUCAGAGAGGAGAUUGAGCAGUAUGGUAUCAAGAUAUACCAGUUCCCUGACUGUGACUCUGAUGAAGACGAGGAAUUCAAGCAGCAAGACCUUGAGCUAAAGGAAAGCAUUCCCUUUGCAGUAAUUGGUAGCAACACAGUGGUGGAGGCUAAAGGGAAGAGGGUGCGGGGCCGUCUCUACCCCUGGGGUAUCGUAGAAGUGGAGAACUCUGCACACUGUGAUUUUGUGAAGCUGAGGAACAUGCUUGUUCGCACACACAUGCAAGACCUCAAGGACGUGACCAGGGAGACCCACUACGAGAACUACAGAGCCCAGUGCAUCCAGAGCAUGACCCGCAUGGUUGUUAAGGAACGCAACCGCAAUAAACUAACCAGGGAGAGUGGCACAGACUUCCCUAUCCCCGUGGUGCCUGGAGUGACGGAGAGCGAGACAGAAAAGCUCAUCCGAGAGAAAGAUGAGGAGUUGCGGCGGAUGCAGGAGAUGCUGCAAAGGAUCCAGGAUCAUUUGAUCACACAGAAAGACGGCUAUUAAACACAGUCACUGUGUACAUGUCUGGCUUUCACUGGGUUUAAACAAGAAGCACCCAGGAAACCUUCUUCCACUCUUGAACAUUGACAUCCCUAGGUGUCCACCCAACCACCACUCAGCCUCAUCAACAGCAUGUUACACAUGGAUCAGGGACCUGGUGAGGAGGUGGUAAGAUGUUCUGACAUUUGCAGCUUAGCAACUCCCUUUAUCCUCUCCAGAAUCUCUGACAUUAAUCUCACCACUGCUGCAGAACACCUGAUGCUCCGCUCCACCUGUUUUAAACAGGUUUGAUGUUGAUUUGAAAGAAUCGGUCUAUAGUUUGAGGGUUAAUUCACAUAUCGAAAGUUUUAUUUAGCCACUUGAUCACAGGGUUGUAUAAUGAGGUUUACAUCAACGUACCGGUGACCUGCUCAGAUUUUUUUAAGCACACUUUUCUGGUGCAAGUGUUUAUUUUUACUAUCUCUAUAGGUCAACAUGCAUAUAUACUGUAAUUUAAUUUUCUAUAUUACACUCAACUGCUUUUCAUCUUGUAAGCGUUCCUGGUUUUAUUUAAUUACACCCUGCUACACUGCCUGACAUUAUACAUGAUUGUUUUAUGUUAUUUCUGCCCCCUGAGGUUCCUGUUGGUUACUUCGGUUUCAUCUUUAUGCAAAGAUGUCAUUUAGUUAUCAUGUAAAUUUAGUUUGACCAGUGUCUGCAUGUUUAUAGCUGCCACCUGCAACGCCUGACAUCAUGGAUGUUUGAGGCUCUGCUCAACAUUGGCCAGUUUCAACUCACGUAAGACCCGCUUACUGAUUUUUGUGUUAAUAUUUAAGUUAAUGUAACUUUCAACAUGACGGAGAAGACUUAUUUGGAGAAUUCCCCAAAGCAGAGUUGACUUUGAUAAGACAAGACCCUAGAUUUGCAUGAGGUGAGCAUCCAGUGGCAGGGCUGCAUCAAAGCCCAUGCAACAUAUUUAUUUUUGCAUGUGUUUAUGAAGGUUACUCAGAUUGCAGACCUGUUUGGUUAUUGAUGAUCAGCUGUCGGGGAAAUAUAUUGAAAACAGAAUUUUUGGUUAGGUUUUUUUUGUUGUUGUUUUUUAAUAUAUUGUGGCAUAUUAUAUUUUUAUGGUCUCACUUCACAGGAACUCCUGUUGAAUGAGCACUAACCAUGACAUUUAUCUUAUAACCAAUGAUAAACUUGAUUGUCCCAAAUUUUGGAUUUACCUUUAAAAGUGUGAAUUUUGUUUAACUUAUCAAUGCCAAGGGUAAUGAUCAAAAUUACUGCGUGAGCAUGAUUAUUUUGCCAAUUGUUUCUAUGUUACGAACCUUUGUUUUGGAGAUGACUCUGCUCUGACUUGUGUGACUUUUGUUUUUUGUUAAAAAAAAAAAAAAAAAACAUUCCUCAAACGUCCAUCCCUGAGUCAGGUAGUACUUUUGUUUCUAAAUUUGUUUUAUAUUAAAUUUGUCUUUUGUUAUGCUACUUUUUUGAGUAUAUUUAUGUAAUAAAUUUAUAAAUGAAAUGAGGAUGGAAAGGAUGAUAUGUAUAAAUUCUAAUAUUGUAAUAAAAUAUGAAUAUAAUUUCAUGCUCAAUCAGA